GAGCACUUGGGACUCCACUCUUCGACCAUCUCCGAAGUCCUAGUCGACCCCAGCUCACACCCCAUAUUCCUCGCACUCAUUCCGGCAGAACUCUUUGCUUCCCCCUCCAAGCGUGUGUAGCUGAUCGAAUGAUUUGAUACACACCCACAGUUAUAGUUAUUAUUAUAUAUUCAUUGUAGUACCGCGUCUGCUUUAAUAGAGCUUCCUACACCCCAAGUCGAAGGACAGGCUUGUUUGUUCUCAUACCAGAGCAGGAUAAGAAACUCCCAACCUCUGCUGAGACCAGUGCCCAAGCUUUGCUACCCAAGCUUCUUCUUCUUCCCCCCCACCACUUCCAUCCUUCAAACCCAUUCAGAUUGACCACUAUAUACAAUUCUUACCACUCAUCCCAGUCCUGUUUGAUCGCCAUGAGCAGUCAGCAUAAUAUCCAACCACACUCCGUGUCCACCACCUCUUCCUCCUCUCUGUGCUCCUCAGUCUCAUCGAGAAACCUAGCCUGCCAUCGUCUCUCAACCUCAACCUCCGUCCUGCCCUCGUCUCAUUCCGCCAAGUCAUCGUCGGCCUCCCAAGAAAACACUCAAGACAGCAGCUUGCCAAAUGACAUCUUCACCAUCACCGACGAAGCCCUUGCCGCCCAAUACACUUUCGAGAGUGAAAUUGGGUAUGGAAACUGGGGAUCCAUUUGGCGUAUUUCUCCUAACAACCCUUCGAACCGGCUCCAUUCCUCGAGCAAGCUCGCGAUCAAGUUGGUAUAUCGUGACAAGUCAUCUGGCACAACCGCAACCAAGAUCAAAAGUUUGUGGAGUGAAUUCAAGAUUCUGAGGCUUUUCAAGCGCGCCCCACACCCGAACAUCCUACGGGUCUCCUCGUUCAUCAUCACCCCGUCAUACGCGCUCUUGACGAUGGCGUUUCAUCCGGCGAUUCUCAGCGUCAGGUUGGGCGAGCGAUCGGCGCGAGUUCGGCGAUACAUCCGCGGUCUGCUCCAGGGGACUGACUUCUUACAUCAGAGCGGGGUCUCGCACAACGAUAUCAAGCCGGCCAAUGUGGUGCUUAGUGUUGAGGACGAGCCGGUCUUGAUUGACUUCGGGUUUGCUGUUGCCUACCCGCACGACUACGCAGAAACUACUGGCAAGAGGCCCUUCUGGAGUACGUUAAGUUGGGGAACCCCAGAAUACCUUUCACCUCAGCGCGCCAAAUCAGAAGAGCACGAUGAGCGACUCAGCGACAUUUGGUCACUUGGCGUCACCUUGUAUGAGAUAGUUGUGGGUCGGACCCCAUUUGAACUCAAUGAGAAGGAGGAGUUUUUGUCCAAGGAAGCAUUGGAAGUAUAUUACCAACGCACCCUCAAAGCUGAAUUUCUAGGACCUCAUACGCUCUCAACGGAACUGAGACAGUUAUUGGUUUUGAUGUUACGACCAGAUCCCAAGGAGCGUCUCCAAUCAUGUUCAGCGGGCCUCGCCCACUCGUUCUUCCGCCGGCCUCUUUCGUCGGAGAUGAGUGUUCGUCGACGGACCCUCGAACGCACACUCCCGUCAUCCGUCUUGCGCUCGUCGCCCUCGGACCCAGCGGCAGCGCUCGUCACACGGAGGAUCCAGCAAGUGAACUUCCAAUCGCCAUCCCGGUCCAACUCAAUCACUACGACCCGCUCGCCAACUAUCAAGCGAGUCGGGAAUAACAUCACGCCUACCAAGCCCAAAGCCAAGGCGGUGUUUGAAGAUCCUCCCCAGUCGACCCCUCAGUCCGGAUCUCGAAGGACCCGCUUGACCCCCACCCGUCCAGUGCUUGCACCCAAAACACUCAACACUCCCACCACACCUCGUCCUAAGAGAGUGACUGUGCCGGACCGCGAAAGGAAGAACAGUCCCGCUGUCAAAACUGAGACCUCCUCGCCCCCGAGGUCGGCUCCCCGUAAACGGGUGCCUCCUCCGUCACCCAAAUCGGAUCUCUCCCAAAAAACCGUCCUGUCUCCAAGAGGCUCUCAUCUGAAAAAGCUUCUCGUCCAACGACCCACCCUCCAGCAACGAAUGAAAGAAAACUAGCUGCUCAGAGAUCAUACUCUUAUUGAUUGUCGAACUCAUUCUCUCGAUCCUUCCCAGCCAACUCACCCUCCCUUCAAACAUAGCCUCUUGCUAAAUCCCUCUCAAUUUGCUAUCUAUCCCACCCACAAUUCUCACACAUACACACUCCUUUUUUUUUUGACUCGUUCAUGCUAUACUUAAUUAGAUAUAGAUUUCGCAUAAAUACAAGAUCCCGCAUAUCAUGAUUCUUGUUUAUAUUCUUGAGAUUCCGAUGUUCUUGUUUAUUAUUGUUUAUUUGCUCAUACCAUCCACAGACGCUCAUUUUCUCAUUCCCUCUCUCCCUCUCUUAUUCUCCUUCCCAUUGAAUUGCGUAUCAGAUGUUCUGCAGUUAGAAGCAUCUAAUUCCCCACAUCAUCUUCUUCCACCAAUCCAUUCAAUUUCCCAUCUUGUACAUCACCCCCCCUUUUUUUUCUCCUUACACUGUUCCUCUUUUUUUUCGUUCCAUCUCAUUGAUAAAUAUCACAAGGAACACCCUCGACCUAGCCUGUAGUAUUGCUCGUUUAGCUCUUUACAACUUAUUUCCAUACUCCUCGCGGUUCCCCGAUGCUACAUAUAUUCAUUUCGUUUGUAUAUACUUCUUGUAUA